CUGGUUAGUACAAUUGACAAGUUCAAUGAAUCAUGGUGACUCUUCAACACCACACAAAAACUUUGGAAUCACCACCAUCACUGUUUUGGACUAGUCCAAAUAAAUCUCAGUAUUUAUGAAGUUCCAAUAUCUCUCUCACACCUAUUCCUAGCAUAGCAACUAUGGCAGAUGUGAAACUACUAGGAUUUUGGUCAAGCCCUUUUGUUCAUAGAGUCAUAUGGGCUUUGAAAUUCAAGGGUAUAAGCUAUGAGUAUAUUGAACAAGACAGGUACACCAAAAGCCAACUACUUCUACAAUCCAAUCCAGUUCACAAGAAAGUCCCUGUGCUCAUCCAUGGAGGCAGAGCCAUCGCAGAGUCUCUUGUGAUUCUUGAAUACAUUGAAGAAACAUGGCCACAAAAGCCAUUGCUGCCACAGGAUAACCAUGAGAGAGCCUUAGCUCGAUUUUGGAUUAAAUUUGGAGAAGAUUCGCUCGUUUCUAUAACUGAUUUGUUUCUCCGGCCCUCAAAAGAUGAACAAGAAAGAGCAAGUGCAGUGAAAAAAGCACAAGAAAAAAUCACAAUUAUGGAAGAGCAAGGUCUAGGGGUCAAGAAGUUCUUUGGAGGCAACAACAUUAGUAUGGUGGACUUAGCAUAUGGGUGCCUUAGUCAUUGGUUAGAAGGCUUAGAGGAACUUGCUGGGAUGAAACUUAUUGAGCCAAACAAGUUUACUAGGUUGCAUGCUUGGAUGCAAAAUUUUAAACAAGUUCCCCUGAUUAAAGAAAACCUUCCUGAUUAUGGGAAACUGUUGCUCCACCUUGAAAGGCGCAGGCAGGAAUAUUACUAGUAUAUAGCACCAGAAUACAUAGAUCAACAUACACCACAUUAUGUGCUUAAAGAAAUGUGUGCGAGCACUAUUUACUCUUAGUACAAAUAUUUAUGGCGAGGAGAUUAGUAAUUGCUAUUAACAAUAAAUACCCUAAUAAAAUAAUGUGUGCGAAAGAGGAUGAAGUAGGAAAAAAAUUAUGGGUUUUAUUAUAAAUAAAAUGAAAUGAAGUUGGAAAAACAUUUGUUUCAAUACCAUAUUUGGUUUCA